AUGGACCAGGGCUUCCUCAAGAGUUCAACGGACAGCAACGUGAUGGAAGACAGUACCAAAUAUCGAAGCGUCGUCGGGGCGCUGAUGUACGUAGCAGUGUGUGCAAGACCCGACAUUGCUGCCAGCGCGUCGAUUUUGGGCAGAAAGUUUGCUGCGCCUACGGAGAGCGAUUGGACGGCCGCCAAGCGGGUGGUCCGGUACCUAAAAGGUACUGCCGAUUGGAAACUGAAGCUGGGAGGAGCAGAGACCAACAAUCUAGUUGCGUACUCGGACGCGGACUGGACUGGAGACCCAGGGACCCGGAAAUCAAUGACUGGUUCUAUAGCGUUCUUUGCUGGUGGCGCCGUGUCGUGGAUGAGCCGUCGCCAGGACUGCGUUAGCCUCUCCUCCAUGGAGGCGGAAUUUAUUGCGUUGGGGGAGACAUGCCAGGAGAUUCUUUGGAUGAGGCGGUUGUUGAACGAUUUAGGCGAGAAGGAGACUACUGCGACAACAGUCCGCGAAGACAAUCAGUUCUGUCUCGCUUUCGCGCAAUCAGCGAGGAUCAGCAAGAGAUCCAAACACGUGGAGACAAAACGCUGCUUCAUCAAAGACCUGUGUGAGCGAGGAACCGUAAAAUUGGAGUACUGUCAAACCGACGAGAUGAAAGCCGACUUGCUAACGAAGCCACUUGGAGCUGUGAAACAUCAUCGGUUUUCAACGUCACUCGGAUUAGGACUUCAGAGGGCUGACCGUUGA